AUGGUAAAAGUCGUAUUUCUUCAUCCCGACCUUGGCAUAGGCGGAGCUGAACGAUUAGUAAUAGAUGCAGCGUUAGCUUUUAGAAGUAAGGGCCACGAAGUCUCAUUUUUUACCAACCACCACGAUCCCUCACAUUGCUUUCCUGAAACUAGAAAUGGCACGUUUCCCGUAACCGUGCUGGGUGAUUGGAUUCCUCGCUCUAUACUGGGAAGAUUUAAAGCAGCCUGCGCUUACUUGCGCAUGAUCUACGCUGCUGUUUACCUUGCCUGGUACGUUAUACCUGUUGAGGAACCGACCCUUAUAUUCUGUGAUCUUAUAUCAUUAUGCAUUCCAAUUUUGAAAUUUGCAAAAGGACCAUUCAGAGUCGUAUUUUAUUGUCAUCACCCAGACAAACUCUUGACUACUCAAGGUGGUUUCUUGAAGCAAGUAUACAGGGCUCCCUUGAAUUGGCUCGAGGAAGUAACCACUGCCCAAGCAGAUAAAGUUCUAGUAAACAGCAAAUAUACAGCUAGGGUGUACAAGGAUGCAUUUCAAAAAAUUAAAGAUGUUCCUGACAUCUGCUAUCCUUCUAUUAAUACUGAAUUCUUUAAACAUGCAUCACCGAAGAAUUUGAAAGAAAUUGUGCCUGUUGGUACAGAUAAAUUUAUAUUUCUCUCUAUUAAUAGGUAUGAGAGAAAGAAAGAUUUACAGUUAGCUCUUAGAGCAGUAGAACAAUUAAGGUACCUGUUAAACGAAGAUGACUGGAACAGAGUACACUUGAUAAUGGCUGGGGGUUUUGAUCCCAUUAAUCUGGAAAAUAUGGAGCAUUACAUGGAAUUGUCAGAUCUGGCUGUUGAUCUUGAUAUUGAGGAUAGAGUUACUUUUAUGAAAUCACCUACUGAUAUUGAGAAAGUCACUUUACUUUAUCACUGCAAUGCUUUAAUAUAUACACCAUCAAAUGAGCAUUUUGGCAUAGUACCAUUGGAAGCGAUGUACUACAGCAAACCAGUUAUUGCUGUGAACAGUGGAGGCCCAACAGAAACUGUUGUAAAUGAUGUAACUGGUUUUCUUUGUCCCUCGUCAAGCCUUGAGUUUGCUCAGGCUAUGACCAAAUUGAUUACAAACCCAGAAUUAGGUGUUAAGUUAGGUGAAGCAGGCUGCAAGAGAUUUGAGACCAAAUUCUCAUUUGAAGCAUUUACAGAGCAACUAGAUGGUAUUCUGAACCGUGAAAGGCAGUUGAUAUCUGAGGCACGAGCUAUAGAAUAUGAUCAGAAGCGAAAAUAA